UGUGACGUCUCCCCUCUGCUCAACCUGUCCUGCACCCACGUGGCCCUGACGGAGCUGGUGGACUUCAUCUCUGCCAUCGUCAUCCUCUGGGGUUCCCUCCUCGUGGCCAUCGCCUCCUAUGUGGCCAUCGGGAGGGCUGUGCUCCACAUGCCAUCAGCCGCUGCCCGCCGCAAAGCCCUCUCCACCUGUGCCUCCCACCUGGUGGUGGUGGGCAUCUUCUACGCAGCCACUCUCUUCAUCUACGCCCGUCCCAGCCGCAUAGAAGCCAUGGACCUCAACAAGGUGCUGUCUGUCAUCUACACGGUGGUCACACCCAUGUGCAAUCCCGUCAUCUACUGCCUGCGGAACAGGGAGGUCCAGGCAGCAUUCUGCAGAACCCUACACCAGUCCUGA